CUUCCGCCUUUCUCCUUCCUCCUUUCAUAACGCAAAAUUCCCUUUUCCCUUCCCUUCUCUCGUUUGGCUUUCUUCUUUUCCAAUUCCUGGCAAAAUGCGGAUGAGCUGUAAUGGCUGUCGGGUCCUCCGUAAAGGAUGUAGCGAGAAUUGUAGUAUCAGACCUUGCUUGCAGUGGAUCAAAAGCCCGGAGUCCCAAGCGAACGCCACCGUUUUUCUCGCCAAGUUCUAUGGCCGGGCUGGACUCAUGAACCUCAUCAACGCCGGCCCUGAACACCUCCGCCCUGCGAUCUUUCGGUCAUUGUUGUACGAGGCUUGUGGGCGGAUAGUGAACCCGAUUUAUGGAUCAGUCGGGUUGUUGUGGUCCGGGAACUGGCAACUCUGUCAAGCUGCCGUUGAAGCAGUGCUGAAAGGUGCGCCGAUCACACCGAUUGCGUCUGAAGCGGCGGCUAACGGCCAAGGUCCGCCGCUUAAGGCAUACGACAUUCGUCACGUCUCAAAAGAUGAGAACUCCGCCGCCUCAAACGAUCAUAACCAGGUCAAGACUCGGUGCCGGGUCAAGCGGGCCGUCAAGCAGAAGGCUCACAAGCCCGUCGAUGACUCGGUCGAAUUAAAUCGCUCAACGAGUCACGAGUCGUCGCUGAGUCACCAGUCCGAUGUAGCCGCCGUGGACGGAGAUAGCAAAGAGACGGACAGCAUGAUCUCUGUGGAAACCGGCGAGGCAUCGCUCCUGUUCCCAGCCGAGCCGGAGUUUGGGACAAAGCCAAAAGAAAGAGCACGCGAUGAGGCUGAGGUUGAGGUUGGAUUGGAGCUGACGCUGGGGCUUGAGCCGGUGGCCUUACGGGCGGAUCACGUGGUGGUGCCUGUGAAGAAAAGGAGGGUGGAGGGUUACGGCACGCGCGAGGACGGCAGGUGUAAGGUGGAGCUGGGGCUAGAUUACCCGGCUUGAGUUGUGAAGCCCGAGCAAACUUUGGGUCCAGUUUUGGCGGCUCAUUCGGCUCUGUUAAUUUCAUAGAAGAGUAGUUUUUGACUCUUCCUCCUUUUUUUUUUUUUUUUUUGGGUUUUGUGUUUUUCCCUUUAUGAACAGCAAGGUGUACAAAUGUUGUUUUACAUCAAUAGACUAGGUAAAUUUAU